UGCAGAGAAAGAGAAAGCAAAGUCGAAAGCAGCUAUGGAGGCAGCUGAAGCAGCUCAAAGGAUUGCUGAAUUAGAGUCUAAGAAGAGAGUUAAUGCGGAAAUGAAAGCUCUCAAGGAGUCUGAAGAGAAAACAAAGGCCCUUACCGCUUUAGCAAACUCGGAUGUCAGGUAUAGGAAGUAUUCCAUUGAAGAGAUUGAGAGUGCAACAGAGUUUUUUGCUGAGAAAUACAAGAUUGGAGAAGGUGGUUAUGGACCUGUCUACAAAUGUUAUCUUGAUCACACACCAGUUGCUGUUAAAGUUCUUCGUCCUGAUGCAGCUCAAGGAAGAUCACAAUUUCAACAAGAGGUUGAGGUAUUGAGCUGCAUUAGGCAUCCUAACAUGGUUCUACUUCUUGGGGCUUGUCCGGAAUGCGGAUGUUUAGUAUAUGAGUUCAUGGCAAACGGGAGCUUAGAAGACCGUCUUUUCAGAUUAGGAAACAGCCCACCUCUUUCAUGGCAGAUGAGGUAUAUAAUUGCUGCAGAGAUAGGCACUGGACUGUUGUUCUUGCACCAGGCUAAACCAGAACCUCUAGUUCACCGUGAUCUCAAACCAGGAAACAUCUUACUAGACCGUAACUUUGUCUGUAAGAUAUCUGAUGUUGGUUUAGCUAGGUUAGUCCCUCCAUCAGUUGCAGACACGGUAACGCAAUACCGCAUGACUUCAACUGCUGGCACAUUCUGUUACAUCGACCCGGAGUACCAACAAACAGGAAUGUUGGGUGUAAAAUCUGAUAUUUACUCGCUCGGCAUUAUGUUUUUACAGUUGAUAACAGCAAAACCACCUAUGGGUCUAACUCAUUAUGUUGAGAGAGCACUAGAGAAAGGAACGUUGGCUGAUUUACUCGAUCCAGCUGUCCCUGAUUGGCCAAUGGAAGACACUGCAAAGUUUGCUAAGUUAGCUCUUAAAUGUUCUGAGCUAAGGAGAAAAGACAGACCUGAUCUUGCUAAAGUUAUAUUGCCUGAGCUAAACAGAUUAAGAACACUUGCUGAUGAAUCAACACAUUCUGUACUAGUCAGCCAUAGCUCCGGACCAUCUCCAACUGGUAGCCAAAGUUCUUUGAAAUUGGAACAUGUGAGUGGUGCUUCUAUCUCUGUGCCUCAGUAAGUUUUCAAAUUGAUCUACACACAAGGAGAGGCAAUUAUAGGAUUCAUAUAUGAAUUAUGUAGACAACAACCUUGAAUCCUUAACUUGCAUGCUUGUAGUAUAAGAAGAUGCAAAAUAGUGUCUUUUUCUUGUGAAUAGAGUAUUAAGAUUGUACAAAUCUCUUGCUUGUAAUGUAAUUUAAUAACUAGUUCAGUA